AUGGCAGACAAACCCUCCACCGUUGAGAUCAACGAGAACUUCGUCGAGAAGAUUGCACCCACUGCAGCGGAGACGGCACAACUUGGUCACCUUGCCAAUCAAGAAGAUCACGAAGUUGGCAAGCUUGCCGCAUUCCGCAAAUACCCCUGGGCGUGUGCUUGGAGUCUCUACGCCGUCUGGUGCGUGUUGCUGGUCAGCUUUGAGAAUCAAGCUGCAGGCAAUGUCAUCAGUAUCCCCGAGUUCAGGAAAGAUUUUGGCAAUGCAUAUACCGCUGAGGAUGGAACUACAUCUUAUGUGUUGGAUGCAACUUGGCAGGCUGCCUUCCAGGGAGCGCCAGUGGCUUCGGCUGUCUUUGGUGCUCUAGGAUGCGGUCAGCUCGCAGACUGGCUGGGUCGCCGUGCCGUGAUUAUGAUUUGCCUGGUCGUAAGCUUUGCGGCUAUCACUAUGGAAUUCGUCGCUACUUCGAACGAGCUAUUCUUCGGCGGGAAGUUCCUCAACGGCUUCGCUACCGGUGCUCUCGCCUCUGUUACUGUCACAUACAUCGGAGAAAUCGCUCCACUCGCACUUCGCGGCAUGUUGACAUGCUUGACCGCUCUUGCCUACACCUUCGGCCCCCUCACCGUCGCUCUCAUCGUCAAUUCCACCGGCACCUACACUAACCGCUGGGCAUACCGCUCCGUAUUCUGUGCCCAAUAUGGCUUCGCAGCCGUAGCUGCUAUCUUCGUCUUCUUCAUGCCAGAGUCUCCCUGGUGGCUCGUCAGCAAGGACCGACCUGAGCGUGCCCUCAAGGCCCUCCACGGCCUCGGCCACCGCGGCGUAGAAGGCGAGAAGAAGCUCGCCCUCAUCACCAACACACUCGAGGAAGUCAAGCGCGAAACUGCAGGCGUCACUUACCUCGAAUGCUUCCGUAAAUCCAACCUCCGCCGCACAAUCAUCUCGAUCAUGCCGCUCUCCAUUCAGGCGCUCUCCGGUAUCGCCUUCGCUGCUAGUUACUCGACGUACUACAUGCAGCUCGCCGGCUUCUCCACCGCUAUGUCUUUCAAGCUCCAGAUUGUCCAGCAGGUCAUUUCCCUGAUCGGAAACGUCAUGUCUUGGUACCUCGUGGACCGCCUCGGCCGUCGCAACCUUACUUUCUAUGGCCUUGUUGUGUUGACCGUGAUUCUGUUCGUCAUGGCUGGCUGCGCUGUCCCCGGAACACCAGGAGGCUCCAAAGCCGCUGUCAGUAUGAUUUUGAUCUACUGCUGGUGGUACAAUGUCACUAUCGGUGCCACCGCAUACACCAUCCUUUGCGAGGUGUCUACCUCCCGUCUGCGCAUCAAGACCAUCGCUAUCGGCCUUGCGCUUCAAAACGCAUUGAACACUAUGUGGUCAUUUGUUCUGCCGUAUUUGUUCAACCCUGAUAAACUCAAUUUGGGCGGAAAACUGGGUUUUAUCUUUGGUGGCCUGGCUGUUAUUUGUCUGGUGUACCUUUGGUUCUACCAGCCUGAGACUGCGGGUAGGACGUAUGAGGAGCUUGAUGAGAUGUUCAUUAAGAGGGUGCCUGCGAGGCAGUUCAAGACGUAUCGAACGGAUGCCCAAGCUAUGGGUGAGGCUGUAAAGGAGAAGGAGGGCAUGUGA